ACUAAGAUUUGUCAUUGGGUUAGACUGGCCCAAAAUUUUUGGGUUUGGGUUGGAUUUAUCGUGAUUUUUUGGGUUAGGUCAAGCUAGGCCAAGGUUUCAAAUGUCUUGGCCGCCCCACCCUAUUGGGCCAAGACAGGCUUGGUGAGUCGGGCGUUUUUUUUUCUUCUAAGUAUUUUAUAAUAAGGUUAGGGAGUGACUCUUCCCUAUGUGGCUACAUGUGGAAUUGAUACAUGAUACAUUAUUUGGAUUGCACAUCAUUUGUAAUGUACAAGGGUGCAUGUAACUGGUACAUUUGAUUAUUUCAAGAUCUGUGUGGUGGUUGAUUGGGAGAUAAUGUUGCCACACAUGUAACUCCAGAUCCAGUAUUAAAAUACAAGAAUUUUGCAUCCGCUAGCCAAAUAUCAACCAAAUAAAUUUGCCACUAUUUUCAAUACCAAUGAAAUCAAUUGUGGUGCUUGAAUUUAAAUUAGCCCACUUGUGAUAUUAAAUGCAAUAUUAUGCAAACUUUAUGGGUGCGUUGGGUUGGGCUUAUAUGGGCUUAAGCGGGCUGUCUUCAAGAUUUCAAAUCAUUGGUCCAAAUUCUAUCUAAUCUUAGAGCUGGCCGGGCCUAGCCGGCGUAAAACAUAGGAGGAGGAGAUUUUCGCUCUCUCACUCUUUUUUUAAUUUCAUUUCUAGGAGACUGUUGCUCUCUCUCUCUCUCUCUCUCUCUCUCACAUAUCUUGGUGGAGGAGGCAUGCAUAUGAUUCUUGUUUUUGUGAUGUUUGUUCCUAUAUAUGCAAUCAUGCGAGGCCCAAGUUGUAGUGGAAAACUAAUUAGUUUUACAAUCUUUAAUGGAGAAAUUCUAGCAUCAGCAAAUUUGAGUUUUUGUUCAAUAUUUUGUGGCGUGUUCGGACUGUCUCUCUUCCAGAGGUUUAGGGUAUUAAACAAGGAUUUAAAAAGAAGAAUAGUUUGUCUGCCAAAUUUACUUUCCACUUCGUCAGUUGGAAGAAUGAAGAGGGAGGAAGGGGAAGAAGAGGACUUUGUGUGUGGGACGUUCACCUGGAGAAUCGACAACUUCUCCAUGCUGCACAACGAAAUGCAUUAUUCUGAUGUUUUCGUCAUUUGUGGUUAUAAAUGGCAGAUCCUUAUAUAUCCUAAGGGGGACAACGUAGUAGAUUACUUGUCCCUGUAUUUGGAAGUUGCAGAUGCUUCAACAUUAACAUUUGGGUGGACCAGAUAUGCCAAGUUCAGCCUCACCGUGGUUAAUCAACUUGAUAGCAAGAAGUCAAUCACAAUGGGUAUAUAUCUUUAUCUAGUGGCUUGUCAUUUGUUAAAGCGACUUGUUAAAUGAAAUUUAGUGAUUUUUUAUAUAAAUAAUUCGGAAUAAGUCCAAUUCUUACGAUAAAAUUUGGGUGCAAUCCACACACGUAUUGUUAGUAAUCCAAGUCCUAUGACUUCAAUGCCACAUAGGAUUACAUUCCUUUUCUAAUUUUAUGAUGUAAUCAUAUAUAUUUUUUCUUUUUAAAUUUAUUUUCAUGUUCCAAUUA